AUGUACAUCAUCACCGUCACGCUCGUCGUCAUCCAACCAGCUGAGCUCGCUGCCAAUCCACUGCCCCUAGCUGACUCCUCCCUCCCUCGACUCCCCUUCCCUCCUCUCCUCAUACCAACUCCCCCACCCACCAUAUUACUCCUCCACCUCAUUCGCCAGCUUUUGGCAGCACACGAGUCCUUGCCACGACUCACUGUCCAGCAAGCCCUCCUCUUCAUCACCCUCUGCCAGCACCUCCAAACGUGCAUCGCCUGGCAAGAAAUCCCUGGCAUCGAACACCUCAACACUCCCCCAGCUGCAAUACCGAACACGGUCGCAGCUUUCCUCUCCGAUUCGCUCGGGCUCCCACCAGGGCACAUUCCCGUCCUCUGGCAAGCUCUUCAGUGGACUGCUUGGACACCUGACAGGGAUCCUACACGUCCUACUGGCCCUCUGGUAGAUCCCCUCCCUUUCUUUGGCCAGCCUGAAGAAGCUCAUCAAAAGGUUCAGCAAAUGGCCAGGGAGUACAUGGGCGAGGUUCCGGCUGUGUGCCCGGAGGAAGAAUGA